AUGACAGCUGGCAGGAAGAUCUUCAAACACUGCAAGGCUUUCACUGAGAGCCUGGUCGGUAAGAGGUACAUGGGUGCUGAUGAGAUGUCAGAGCGUGUGCAAGACUUCUACCAGCACCUGUCAGAGCACCUUGAGACUCAGUUCAAUUGUUCGUCAGAUCAUGCACAGGACGUUAUGGAUGAUGUAGAGAAGUACGUGAUGACUCGUCUCUACAGGUCUGUGUUCUGUUCUGAAACAUCAGAUGAUGAGAAAAAGGAUCUGGCCAUUAAGAAGAGAAUCAAAGACUUGCACUGGGUCACCACUGAGAUGUUGUGCUCUCCACUGGAUGAGGAAAUCCUUGAGGUUUCUGACCAUGUAUUCAAAGCCAUCAUAGAUUUGACUGAAAUGGAGUUGAAGCAAGUGCCCAAAAACAAACUGCAAUGCAUGACUAGCUGCAGCAAGCACGUCUUUAAUGCCAUCAAAGCCAAGACGAAAAAGACUGUGUCUGCGGACGACUUCCUCCCGACGCUCAUCUACAUCGUGCUAAAAACAAACCCUCCACGACUCAUAUCCAACAUCCAAUACAUCAUCCGCUUCGGCAACUCCAGGAAGUCCAUGUCCGGAGAGGAUGAUUACUACUUCACCACACUAUGCUGUGUGGUGACCUUCAUUGAGAACCUGGAUGCUCAGUCUCUGAACCUGACUUCUGAGCAGUUUGAGCUCUACAUGUCAGACCAUGCGCCCUCCCACUGGCCAAAGACCAACGGAGCUUCCUCAUCCUCAGGCAGCGCAGCUCUCAGUGAGGUCCACACACGGCUAAUCCAGCUACAGGAGCUUGAGGAAAGGCAGGCAUGUGUCAUGGAGAACGCUAGCCUAAUGAAGAGCGACCUUAUCGACUGGACAGAUGAACUGGAGAUGCAAGACCUCUUUUCUACCACAGUGAUCGGGUCUGCAUCACAGUCAGCAAUUGACUCUGAUAUCAUUGAGAAGGAGCUCCUGCCUCAGCCACUGCAGCCGUAG